GGCAAUGUUCUCCACUAACCGCGGUACGGUUGGAGGCUUCUUCCUGGCGGGCCGAAGUAUGGUGUGGUGGCCGAUUGGAGCCUCUCUCUUUGCCAGCAACAUUGGAAGUGGUCACUUUGUGGGACUGGCGGGGACAGGAGCAGCCUCAGGCAUCGCCAUGGGUGGUUCUGAAUGGAUCGCCUUGAUUUUUGUGGUCGUGCUGGGCUGGGUGUUUGUCCCCAUUUACAUCAAGGCUGGGGUGGUAACCAUGCCAGAGUACCUGCGGAAGCGGUUUGGAGGCAAGCGGAUCCAGAUCUACCUUUCCGUUCUGUCCUUGUUGCUGUACAUUUUAACCAAGAUCUCAGCAGACAUCUUCUCUGGAGCUCUGUUCAUCAACCUAGCCUUGGGCCUGGACAUCUACCUGGCCAUCAUUAUCCUACUAGCAAUCACUGCCCUUUAUACAAUCACAGGGGGCCUGGCAGCCGUGAUUUACACAGACACCUUACAGACAGCAAUCAUGCUCGUGGGGUCUUGUAUCCUGACUGGAUUUGCCUUUACUGAAGUGGGAGGAUAUGAUGCCUUUGUGGAGAAGUACAUGAAAGCCAUCCCAACUGUGGUUUCUGAUGGAAACCUGACCAUCAAGGAAGAAUGUUACACUCCCAGAGCCGACUCUUUUCACAUAUUCAGAGAUCCUAUCACAGGAGACAUUCCAUGGCCUGGGCUCAUCUUUGGCCUCUCCAUCCUCACCCUGUGGUACUGGUGCACAGACCAGGUCAUUGUGCAGCGCUGUCUCUCAGCUAAGAACAUGUCUCACGUGAAGGCCGGCUGUAUCCUGUGUGGUUAUCUGAAGGUGUUGCCAAUGUUCCUCAUGAUCAUGACGGGGAUGGUCAGCCGGGUUUUAUACACAGACAAAAUUGCCUGUGUGAUCCCCUCGGAAUGUCAGAAGUACUGCGGCACCUCAGUUGGCUGUAGCAACAUCGCCUAUCCAACCUUGGUGGUGGAGCUCAUGCCUAAUGGACUCCGAGGCCUGAUGUUAUCAGUAAUGAUGGCCUCGCUCAUGAGCUCUUUGACCUCCAUCUUCAACAGCGCCAGCACCCUCUUCACCAUGGACGUCUACACCAAGAUCCGGAAGGGAGCAACCGAGAAGGAGCUCAUGAUUGCAGGAAGGUUGUUCAUCCUCGUGCUGAUUGGCAUCAGCAUCGCCUGGGUGCCUAUCGUGCAGUCGGCUCAGAGUGGACAGCUCUUUGACUAUAUCCAGUCUAUCACCAGUUACUUGGGGCCACCCAUCGCAGCUGUCUUCCUGCUUGCUGUUUUCUGCAAGAGAGUCAAUGAACCAGGAGCCUUCUGGGGACUGAUUCUAGGCUUCCUGAUUGGAAUCUCCCGUAUGAUUACUGAGUUUGCCUAUGGGACCGGGAGCUGCAUGGAGCCUACCAACUGCCCCACUAUCAUCUGUGGGGUGCACUAUCUGUACUUUGCCAUCAUCCUCUUUGUUAUCACUCUCAUCGUCGUCUUGGCCAUCUCCUUCCUCACCAAGCCCAUUCCAGAUGUGCACCUGUACCGUCUGUGUUGGAGUCUUCGCAACAGCAAGGAAGAACGGAUCGACUUGGACGCAGGAGAUGAGGACAUCCAGGAGGACACCAAGGAUACAAUUGAGAUAGAAACAGAAGCUCCCCAAAAGGAGAAAGGAUGCUUCAGGAAGGCAUAUGACCUGUUCUGUGGGCUGGACCAGGAGAAAGGACCGAAGCUGACUAAGGAAGAGGAGGAAGCUUUGAAGAUGAAGUUGACAGACACUUCUGAGAAGCCGUUGUGGAGGACAGUGGUGAACAUCAAUGGCAUCAUCCUGGUGGCUGUGGCUGUCUUUUGCUAUGCCUAUUUUGCUUGAAUCCUGCCUUCUGAUGUAGACUUGGCAAGUCUGGCUUUGUUAUUUCCCUUUAGACCAUUCUGUGGGUGUUUGGGGAAAUUGUAAAUUUUUCCCAUUGGGAUUAUAUAUGUAUAUGUGUGAUUUUAGAGUUGCUAGAAGAAAAUAAUUAAAUUGCUGUGAACUUUUGCAUUUGAAGCCAGUGUGGCACAUGUAUUUGCCUCUACUAGAGUUUAAGAAGAGAAAUUGACACAGAUCUAGGAAAAGUCCGACUUAGCCACAGGAGCCUGUGUGGUCUCAUGCUACUCUGCCUCAGUACAUCCAGCUUGUAAUUAUUGUUUAUAAAUACUUCAAUAAGAUUUUUUUAGAAGUUGUAGUCUGGUUUCUGUCAUUUUCCUACCUGACUCUUCCUUCUUUGUUUUUAAAAAAUCUUUACCAAUCACUCAUAUGUUAGAUUUUUUCUAAUAAAAAGAAAAUCAUUUUGACAAAUGGACGACUGCCCAGAAAAUGAGGACCAUGACCUUAUCCUAGAAAUUUGUUUCUUAAAGUGGUGGUCUCAAGGGGACAGUAUUUAUCUGCAGUGCGGGGACUCACACCAAUUGGGGGUGCAGACAAUCUUGAGCACCAGGAAUUUUCUGGCCUUUAGGAAAUGCCCAAUGUGUGUCUCCUGUGUUUGUUACUCGUCUCGGUGUUUGCUGUGCAUGGAGUGUCUUAGCUGCUCAGGAAUGUACAUUGACUCCAUGAAUUUUAUGACAUUUUUGAUGGAUGCUGCUUGGUCCUUGCUUAGUUUGUAUUUAACUUUUUUAUUUUUGUGGCUGCACAAAGUAUACCUCUGAUGUCUAGUAUGGAGAACACUGCAUUUCCUUGUGGCCCCUGCCUCAUGGUGCUGAUGUUGACAUGAAAUAUGUACUUAGAAGUUGACACUGAGUGACAGGACAGAGUAAAGGCUCCUGUAGGGGCAUAUGCCAUCCAGACACAGUGCACCUUCCCAGGAAUCAUUGACCUAAUUAGCCCACGGUCCUCUUUCCCAUGUGUUCCCAUGGCCACAUUGGUUGCCUUUUAAGGUGUCCCUGUUGGUGAUCACCCACUGACAAGACUAAGGCAGAUGCCCUUGUCUCUAGGUGGCAGUGCUUGGCUACCUAGAGCUAAGUAGGAAGAAGAAUGUUGAUGUUGAGCUAGUUUUCCAUGGGAAAAUAAUUUUCAUUUAACUUAAAAUUAAUGAAUUAAAGUCAUCCUUGCAAAAUCUCAAUUAUUUUGUAAUAUCCCAUUGAAACUAGGAAAUCAGUAUGUUAUUGUGGAAUGAUUUUAAGUUAGUUUACCAAAGAGCUGAGUAAAGUCUUGGACUUAGAUCUGGCUCCCAGGGUCAAUGGAUGGCUUGUGUUAUAGGAAAGAAAACCUGGAGAGAGUUGCUUGAGGUGUCGUCUCCUUCCCCUUCAGCUAGUCUGAGAAGAUGGAAAGUGGGGAGUUACUCAUGGCCACCCCGGCACAGAGUGCUGUCUUGGAGGGCUUGGUGGUAGGGUGUGAGUCUUGAGAGGAGAAGGGGGAGGACUGAAGCUUGUGGGUGGAAAGGGCGGCAUGAACUAUAUCAAUGGUUUUGUUUUCAGUUCUUGGCAUUGCCUGUGAUUUACUGUAUAUAUUUUAAUAAAUUAUUUUGCCUGA